AUGGCCCUAACUACGUUCAAAUCUUUCGAGAUCACCUCCUCCAUAGUGCCAGAAAGCAGUUCGGUCGAUGGUCGCAAUUGGAGCAAGACAACGAUCCCAAAUAGAAAUCUAGUGACGAAGCAGUUCGUAUUCGACGACGUACCCGAAACGAUCGACCGGCCGUCGAACUGUCCCGAGAUCAAUCCGAACAAGAACCUCUGGUCGAUUCUCAAACAGCGGAGCGAGAGAGAUAAUACGGACCCGUGCUUCCCGAAUCCUUGUGGGGCGCAUGCGAAGUGUCGGGCCAGCGGCGGCCAUCCCGUGUGCUCGUGCAUCUACUACGGGAACCCCGAGACGAGCUGCUUCGAGGGUGAAUGCGUCAAGACUCACGACUGCAGCGACGAUCGAGUGUGCAAGGAUUUCUACUGCACGGAUCCGUGUCCGGGGACGUGCGGGAGAGGUGCCCAGUGCAUCGUCCGGAGACACGUCCCCGUCUGCACUUGCCCUGUGGGUCACACUGGCGAUCCCUUCGAACAGUGUCGACGACUCGGCCCCGAGGAGCUGUGCUUUCCGUCGCCGUGCGGGAGAAACUCCAAGUGCGAAGUGGCUUUCCAUGUGGCCAUCUGCUCCUGCCUUCCCCAUUUCUUCGGUAACCCCGUCCAAGGGUGCAGGUGAGCCGUUUCUUCGUUUCCAGGAGGGGAAUCGAACGAAGCCGGAAAGAACUCACGCUCCCGUCGCGAGGCGACGCGCGGUCCAGUGAGGCCCGUUACCUGCUUCCACUGUUCCCGUCAUUUUUGUCGACCUCCUUCGGAAAACUAGGAAUCGUCCGAAACGUACGCGAAAGCAUACCUCUUCCUCCGAAGAUCGCGUCGGAAGAAAAAGAAGAGGUGGAUCUUCCCGUCGUCCACCACGCGGUGCACACUGACACACAUUUUUAUGGGGAGAGCGAACGUGAUGAAUUUAAUGUGUAAAAUGCUAUGAUUUCCAGAGCGGAGUGCG